AUGAGAUGCACCAUCAAGCCUGCAGAAGCCUUACCUACAGGAUCCAAUGCAGGAUGGAAGACCUGGAGGUGCUUAAAUCACCUCCACUCUGGAGUGGCUCGCACCAAAAGAAGUGGGGAUUUUCCUCAACCGACAAACACCCUGUGUAAAGAAGCCCUGAUCCGUUUUCUGCCGGAUCUAAGUGGGAAGCUUGCCCGCAGGCGUCAACUGGGAACCUCGUGCCUCAAGGAACAAGAAAUAGCCGGCCUGUACCACAUGACCCAGAAAGACAUCGAUAUCCUAGAGGAAUUGAACCAAAAGUACACCCAAAAGUUUGGCUUUCCUUUCGUCCUCUGCGCGCGGGAGAACAGGGUGACGACGAUUCUCGAAAAGUUGCAGGAACGCCUUGCAAACAGUAAGGAGCAAGAAAUAGAACGCGCUAUUGGUGAGAUCAAGAAAAUUUCCUGGUAUCGUCUUGAAGAACUGGUUCAGAAUAGUAAUCUCGUUGCAAAACUUUAA